ACUCCCAUGUCUUACUAAAUGCGUGACUUGUGAACACCUGGGCACAGUCAGACAGUGUUCAGGGGAUUUGAAGAAAGAAUGAAAUUGUGUUAUAAAUGAAGAACUAUUACCAAUGAGAUGCACAUACUUUCUAAACGUUAAGUGAGAUAAAUCAAGUUCCAUCAAUAAAGAGACUUGCAAAGACAUAAUCCAAGGGUGGAGAGAGGGCUCAGAUAAUGAACUACUCACAACCAUCUGUAAGUCUGGUUCCAAGGAUUCCUCCUCCUCCAUCACCACCUUUUCUUUCUCUUUAAUUUAUUCUACCUGUUUAAGAGUUUUGUUUGUAUGCAUGCAUGUGUACCAUGUGCAUGCCUGGGGUCCACAGAGGACAGAAGGUAUUGGAUCUCCUGGAAGAUAAUACACAGACACACACACACACACACACACACACACAGACACACACAGACACACACACACACACACACACACACACACACACACACACACACACACACACACAAAGCAACAAAAACAAAGUGGGUCCCUAUUGGCUGUGUCUAGCUGGAUUUGACAAGGCUGUGCACCCUUCUGCAGAAGUAAAACUUUCUGCCUUGUCAGAAAUACUUUGGAUCCUGUGGUCAUUUUCUUGAGAUCACAGACGAAUUUAUAACAACUAUCAAAACCCUGUCUCAAAAUAAAAGACAGGCAAGGUGGUGUAUGCAUGUAUCACUACACUACAAGAAGCUGAGGCAAGAGGAUUGCCUUGGCUAUACUGUGAAUUGCCUGGGCAAGAGCUAGGCACUGAGAAGGAGGGUAGGAGGGGGAGGGACGGAGGGAAGAGGGGUAGGAGGAGAAGGGAGCGAGAGGGUGAGAGAGCUCGAGUGAGCCAGAGCUCAAAGCAUUGGAGAAUGACUGUUUCUCUCACACACAACUCCUCAGUCCUGUCCCUAAGGGUCAAAGUGUCAGCCAAGGCCUGUGCUUGGAGAGCAGAGCGCUGCUCCUCCGGAAGAAGAGGCAGCGGCGAGUAGCGCGAGGUUGCAUUGGCCCCGCCUCCAGCCCCUGCAGGCAGAAGAGGUCCAAAAUGGCGCUGCGCUGGGGUAUCGUGUCGGCUGGCUUAAUUGCCAGCGACUUUACCACCGUGCUGAGCUCACUGCCUCCUUCGGAGCACCAGGUGUGGUAGCGGUAGCUGCAAGGGACCUGAACCGGGCGGAGGAGUUUGCACAGAAAUACAACAUCCCUAAGGCCUAUGGCUCCUAUGAGGAACUGGCCAAAUGUGGAGGUGGCCUACAUCGCCACCCAGCACCCCCAGCAUAAGCCAGCGGUACUCCUCUGCCUGGCAGCAGGCAAGGCUGUUCUUUGUGAGAAACCCAUGGGCGUGAACACAGCAGAAGUUCGGGAGAUGGUUGCCAAAGCCCGUUCUCAGGGCAUCUUCCUUAUGGAGGCCAUUUGGAGCCGGUUUUUUCCUGCCAUGGAGGCUCUGCAGGAAGUUUUGGUCCAAGGAACUAUCGGAGACCUACGAGUGGCCCGGGCAGAAUUCGGAAGGGAUUUAAGCUCUGUACCCCGGGCCACAGACUGGAACCAGGCUGGCGGUGGUCUGCUGGACCUAGGCAUCUACUGUGUCCAGUUCUUCUCCAUGGUCUUUGGUGCUCAGAAACCAGAGAAGAUUUCAGCUGUGGGGAGGAUUCAUGAAACAGGAGUGGAUGACACGGUCAGCGUACUACUUCAGUACCCGGGAGGGCUUCACGGCAGCUUCACCUGCAGCAUCUCCUCCGACCUCCCCAACACAGCGUACGUGAAUGGUACCAAGGGCAUGGCCCAGAUUGACAAACUAUGGUGCCCGACAGAGCUGGUGGUGAAUGGAGAGAGUAAGGAGUUCCCUCCGCCUGUCCUUGGGAAAGAGUACAAUUUUUUAAAUGGGUCAUGCAUGCUCUAUGAAGCCAACCACAUCCGUGAGUGCCUGCGGAAAGGUCUUAAGGAAAGUCCUGUAGUUCCUCUGGCAGAGAGUGAGCUCUUGGCUGAAAUCCUUGAGGAGGUGAGGAAGGCUAUCGGAGUCACCUUCCCCCAGGAUAAAUGCUGAUGCAGCUCCUGGGACGGAUAUGGCAAGCAAUCGUUCUUCCUACUUGGAGCUCACUAAGCUGACCCUCAUUGCUUUGGAGUUAUGAUGAUGAUGAUGAUGAUGAUGAUGAUGAUGAUGAUUGCUUUGGAGUUAUGAUGAUGAUGAUGAUGAUGAUUGCUUUGGAGUUAUGAUGACGACGACGACGACGACGACAACGACGACGACGAUGACGACGACGACGAUGAUGAUGGUUUGCAGAGCAGCCCCUGUUCUCAUGUUGGAGACCACUCCCUUUCUGGGUGUGGAAGGCCAGCUUUGUUGAGUCAGGGUCUGAAGAGGAACCGUGGAGUCAGUGGACUACAUAGGCACAGGAGGCUUCUUUUUAGGCCAAACAGGUUCUCUCUUUACUUUAGGAGGACACACACACACACACACACACACACACACACACACACACUGACAUGAUGGAUGAAGCAAGGCUCCAAACUCUAUUUUUUCCUCCAUAUCCCCCAGCAAACUCAUUGAAAAAAAGUUUAGAAAUUACAAUGUGGUUACAUUCUAUCUUUAAGUGAAUGAACAAAUUAAGUACAAUGAGUUUAAGUAAAAACAACAACAAAGCCCACCGGGUCCCCAGUACCCUUACAUGAUUGAACUACAUAUAGUAUGUAAUACAGGUAGAGAGCAGAUUAUUAAUUUUUUUUUUCAGAGCUGGGGACCGAACCCAAGGCCUGCGCUUGCUAGGCAAGCGCUCUACCACUGAGCUAAAUCCCCAACCCCAGAGAGCAGAUUAUUUUUUUUUUAAAGAUUUGUUCAUUUAUUAUAUACAAGUACACUGUAGCUGUCUUCAGACACACCAGAAGAGGGCAUCGGAUCUCUUUACAGAUGGUUGUAAGCCACCAUAUGGUUGCUGGGAAUUGAACUCAGGACCUCUGGAAGAGCAGUCAGUGCUCUUAACCGCUGAGCCUUCUCUCCAGCCCCAGAGAGCAGAUUAUUAACGUGAAUCCACACACACUUGUGGCUAAGCAACUUGUUACAGACUAACAAACUGUAGGCAUGAAAGGUUUCUUGGAUUUUUUUUGUUUUUUGUUUUUUGUUUUUUGUUUUUUCCGGGGCUGGGGACCGAACCCAGGACCUUGCGCUUCCUAGGUAAGCGCUCUACCACUGAGCCAAAUCCCCAACCCCUGUUUUUUUUUUUUUUUUAGUAUAGAAUAGAAUUUAUUCAGGGUAUGGGGAGGGGCAUUGCCAGGGUAGUGGAGACAGAAAGGCAGAGAGUCAUUUUUGUUUUUUUUUUCUCAGCCAGUUCUUUGACUGGCAAGCUGUAAGUUGUGGUUACAAAGAAAAGAUCAGGGGUUGGGGAUUUAGCUCAGCGGUAGAGCGCUUGCCUAGCGAGCACAAGGCCCUGGGUUCGGUCCCCAGCUCCGAGAAAAAAAAAAAAAAAAUCAAUGACUUUGUUAUUUAUCUUGAAAAGUAAUUUUUUUCAUUAUUCACUUCAUAUCCCAAUAUCAGCCCCCCUCUCCUCCCAGUUCUCCCCCUCACACAGAUCAGCUCUCCCCCACUUCCCCCUCCUCCUCUGAGAAGGGGGAGACUCCCCUAGGAAGCAACACACACACACACACACAAAUGGCAUAUGGAGUCAUUGCAGGAUUAAAUUCAUCCUCUCCUACUUACGCCAGACAAAACAGCCCAGUUAGGGGAAUGGGAUCCACAGCAGGCAACAGAUUCAGGAACUAAAAUAAAAAGUAAUCAUAAAAAAACUUAGAAUUACAAAUCUCAACUUCUACAUUUAAAAAAAAAAAAAAAAACCCCAGUCAUUUCUACUUUAAUUCCUCAGGGUGCAUCCCUACUCAUUAACAAUUUUUUAUUAAAUCGUAUCUGUUGUGGGAUAUUUGAUCACACUGUGAACCCCCAUGAUUUUGUUAUUUACUGAAAAAAAAAAAAAAAAAACAAACUGUUUCUGGUUGUGGUGUGACUCUGCCCUUAGCAUAGACACCUUUAAUUCCAAACAAUGAAGGUUAAGUUACUUUGUGAAGGGAAGCACCUAUGUCUGAAAGUGAUGUCUAGUUGAGUGGUGGGCAAAGUGACAAAUCAGAUUUGACAGAAUAGGAUGCGCCCACUCCCAUGAGAUCAGAGAGGAAAGAAAGACUGUUAAGAGAGAGCAUGGCAGAGAGAUAGUUAGAAAGAGGCAGUUUUACAGGGAGAGUUUUACAGAGACAGGCCGAAGAGAGGACGAUGGAGGCACAGGUGAAGAGGGCAGAACAGGCCAGAGAAUGAGGAGGACCCAGAAGAUUAGAACAGAUUGCCAGAGUUAGUUUGAGGCCAAGUAGAACAACUCAGUUAGACGCCAAGAGAAGCCAGAUCGAAUUGGUCAGCUUAGAAAGGAGUUUGAGCUAGAACAGCCAAGCCAGCCAGAGUUCAGAAAGAAAAGGGGUGAGCUUAUUCAGCAGUGAGUCUCAGAGGCUGCAAACAUUGUAGAUAAGAUUGCACAGAGGCUAGAAGCUUUCAGACCUAGACUCAUCUAUAAAGACUGUGCUUUUCUGAAAUUUAGAUUGUUCCCCAAGAUUUUCUACAUUAAAGCCAUUAACAAAAACAUCCUAACCUUACUAUUCUGUUCUAUACUAUUAUGCUAUACUAUACUAACAAUUUAUAUCUCUUAAAUUCUUCCUAAGGCUUGUGGUUGAAUCAUUAAUCUGCCCCAGCAGCAAUGUUUGAAGAUCAGUCGUCAUUAUUGUAAGAACCAAUGACAUUUGCUGGGGUGGUCUUUUUUUUUUUUUUUUCUUUUUUUUUCCCCGGAGCUGGGGACGGAACCCAGGGCCUUGCGGUUGAGCUAAAUCCCCAACCCCGCUGGGGUGGUCUUUCUGUGCACUGUGUAAAGACUGUCUUUGUGUUAUUCAAAUGCUGAUUUCUGUGUCGGCAGGACAGACUUUGGUAUUGUUGAGCAUCUCUGGUCAUGGUGUUUGUAAACAUUCUUCCAGCACUGCCUUUGGUUUAAUAAAGAGCUGAGGCAGGGGAAGAUAGGCAAGACUUCUGGGGAGAGUUAAGAACUCAGGGAAAGAAUCUGAGGAGGGAAAUUGGCCUCCGAGACACAGAGGAAGUCAGAUUCGUGAAAGUGAGGAGAGGUAACAAGCCACACGGCAGGACAUAGAUUAAUGUAAUGUGUUAGUUUAUGUUAUAAGAGCUCCUUGGGAACAAAUAAACGAAGGCCUAAAGCUUUCAUAACUAAGAA